AUGUGGGAAGAGGGGCUGGCAGUGUAUCGCCGGUUCUACUCAGAGGAGAAAGAACAUCGAGCUGGUGUGCUUGCACUAAGGCUGGAGCCAUGCAGGUCUGCUGACGUGGAUGGGUGCCAAGCUGAGGUGGCCAGAUCUCAAGCUGACGUGGCCAGAUGUCAAGCUGAUGUAAAAUCACAGCUGCAGUCCGAAGUGGCUUCGCUUAUCCAGCGAAUCCUCAUUGCCAUGGGUCCACGUGGCAUGAGCCGAUUGGUGGGGAUGCGAGUGACUGAGGGGAGUAUGCUGACUGCUUUCCCUCCCUUUCGCGCCGCACUUAUAGCGUCGUUUCAGCGGCCUGUGAAAGGGGGUGUGAAGGCGAGGAAGGAGAAGAAGCAACGGCAGAGAGAGCAGAGGCAGAGAGUGCAGAGACAUGAUGAGCGGGAGAAGCAAGGGGAGCAGAGUGGGCAAGGAAAGGUAGCACAGGAGCAGCAGGAGGAGGAACAGGAGCGGCAGGGGCAGCAGGAGCAGGAGGAGCAGGAGAAACAGGAGAAGCGGCAGCAGGAGCAGCAGGAGCAGCUGUCCAGAUUCAGUGCAUGUGCAGUGUGUUGCAGUUGCCAAGGCAAUACAGAAAUGUGGUGUGAAACGGUUCGAUUCAACAGGAGUUGGGUGUAUGAAGUGGGUGCGAGGGCUCUGUCAAAACACUGGCACCGGGGGAGAGACAACUUCUGGGGCGACGCCUCUGGACCAGAUGCAAGGAAGAACCAGCACGCCUUGCAUUGUCUCACCAGCCUGUUAGACGGUGCCACGUGGAUGAACGUGCAUGCCCUGCCACACGAUCUGCCGGUGUUUGAAGUGCGGGGGAGUGAAGGGUAUGGGGCGAGAUGGAGUGCAGACGGCUUGCAGUUUCGGGGGUUUCUCGAGCCGCAGAUGCCGGAUGGUCAUGCCAAAAGGUGGAGGCAUUGA